UCCAACACUAUCACCCUGUGGGCAGGAGGCAUUACGGGACUGUGGAGCUGGGCCCACCUGGGUGACUUCUCUAUGAUGGGGCCAGUGUGGCUGUGGCUGUGGCUGCUGGUAGCCGAGGUCCUGCUUCCUGUCCGUUGUCAGCCAUUUUCUGCCCAUGGAGAUAAGAGUCUGGGGGCACCUCAACCAGCCAGCCACCAGUCCCUGGAGCCAGCACCCGCCUAUCACAAGGUCACACCCACCAUUACGAAUUUUGCUUUGCGUCUAUACAAGCAACUAGCAGAGGAAGUAGCAGGGAACAUCCUCUUCUCCCCCGUGAGCCUCUCCAGCAGCCUGGCUCUGCUGUCUCUUGGAGCACAUGCUGACACCCAGACUCAAAUUCUGGAGAGCCUGGGCUUCAACCUCACAGAGACCCCAGCAGCUGACGUCCACCAGGGUUUCCAGAGCCUCCUGCACACUCUUGACCUCCCCAGCCCCAAACUGGAACUGAAACUGGGACAUUCCCUGUUCCUAGACAGACAGCUGAAGCCUCACCAACGCUUUCUGGACAGUGCCAAGGAACUGUAUGGAGCUCUGGCCUUUUCUGCCAACUUCACAGAAGCAGCUGCCACAGGGCAGCAGAUCAAUGACCUAGUGAGGAAGCAGACCUAUGGGCAGGUGGUGGGCUGUCUCCCGGAGUUCAGCCAUGACACUCUCAUGGUUCUCUUGAACUACAUCUUCUUCAAAGCCAAGUGGAAGCAUCCCUUUGAUCGCUACCAGACCCGGAAGCAGGAGAGCUUCUCCCUGGACCAGAGGACGCCGCUCCGAAUUCCCAUGAUGCGACAGAAGGAAAUGCACAGGUUCCUGUAUGACCAGGAGGCGUCAUGCACUGUCCUCCAGAUCGAGUACAGUGGCACCGCCUUGCUGCUGCUGGUCCUCCCUGACCCUGGGAAGAUGAAGCAGGUAGAGGCUGCCCUCCAGCCAGAGACGCUGAGAAGGUGGGGCCAGCGGUUCCUGCCCAGUCUGUUGGAUUUGCACCUGCCAAGGUUUUCGAUUUCCGCAACCUACAACCUGGACGAGAUCCUGCCCCUCAUUGGUCUCGGCAACCUGUUCGACAUGGGAGCUGACCUAUCAGGAAUUAUGGGGCAACUCAACAAAACUGUCUCCAGGGUGUCACACAAGGCCAUAGUGGACAUGAACGAGAAGGGAACUGAGGCCGCAGCUGCCUCUGGCCUCCUGUCCCAGCCCCCAGCCUUGAACAUGACAUCAGCCCCACAGGCCCACUUUAACAGGCCUUUCCUGCUUCUGCUCUGGGAGGUGACCACCCAGAGUCUGCUCUUCUUGGGGAAAAUGGUCAACCCAGCUGCUGGGUAAUUGUGGUGGGGAAACCACAGGAAGGCUAGCCCAACCUGCACGGCAGGACCCCUGUGCUGCAGUUCUAAUAAAUCUGAAUUUGGCUGUGCAAA